AUUAACAGAAUUUGCAGAGAAGGACAAAAACCCGACACGGACUCUUCAGGAUAGAUGCAGGAAAAGUGUCGGUACCUUGUUGAGGGUGUUGACACCUUGCAGCUCGUGCUGCACAUCUUUCAGCUCAUGCUCGACCUCUACACCUCGUGUUCAAGUUCUGCACUUCGUGCUCGGCCUCUGCAGCUUGUGACUGACCUCGGCAGUGAGUGUUUGAGCUCUACAGCUCGUGCUCAAGUUCUGCACUUCGUGCUCGACCUUGGCAACAAGUGUUUGAGCUCUGCAGCUCGUGCUCUGCAGCUUGUGGUUGACCUCAGCAGCUCAUGUUUCAACUCUGCACUUCGUGCUCGACCUCUGAAGCUUGUGGCUGACCUCGGCAGCUCGUGUUUGAUUUCUGCACUUUGUGCUCGACCUCGGCAGCAAGUCUCAUGUUUGAGCUCUGCACUUCGUGCUCGACCUCUAAAGCUCGUGGCUGACCUCGGCUGUAAGUGUUUGAACUCUGCAGCUCAUGCUCAAGUUCUGCACUUUGUGCUCGACCUCGGCAGCAAGUGUGUGAGCUCUACAGCUCGUUGUCACGGCACGCGAGUUCGGGGACCAAAGUCGAGGGCAUCGUGGCACGGAGCUGCAGCCACAGGCACACAAGAGGUGUGCGCGAGCACAGGCGCAAGCGGAAGCGUCGACGCGGGCAUGCGGGAGCGGGUGUUAGUGUCGCGACACGAGGUUGCGACUACGACACGUACGCAUUCGAGGGCUCAGGCACAAGGUGGAUCGCUCGAGACGCAGUGGGCCUUGUCAGCGGAGGCGUCGAUACCGGGGCCUUGGCGUGAAGUUGUGGACAGGACACGCGGGAGUUUGCGUAAGCAGUCGAGGGCGAGUGCGUGUGCGCGCGAGAGUGUCCAGGCUCAAGACAUGGGUGCACACACGGGCAACCUAGGUCAAGAUGCUGGCAUGCAUGGGGGCGGACAGGCUCGAGGCGCUGGCGCGCACGGGAGCGGCCAGGAGUGUCCACAGAGCGUGUCCUCAUGCUCAAGUUCUGUGCUUCACGCUCGACCCUUGCACUUUGUGCUUGACCUCGGCAGCUCGUGUUUGAGCUGGACUGCCUUGCUUCUGCCGAGCUGGAGCACUGCUUUGAGCUUUGCCACUGCCAAGCUGGACUGCUUUGUUGCUGCCGAGUUGGGCCACUGCUGCUAUUGAGCUAGGCUGUUUGCUUCUACCAUCAAGCUCGAGCUCAUCUUCUCAUUGAGGGUGCCACACUUGUGAGAUUUUUUUUUUCUCUUUUUGUGGACCCCACUGAGCUACCUUUAAGCUUGUGUUUUGCUGACACUUUUUACUUCUUGAAUACUCAUUACUGACAUUGUAUUAUGCCUCGAUAGUUGUGCAAAGCUACUCCCUUGUUUGUUUUCUUGUGAAAGCUUCUCUUCGGCGAAUAAACCCCUUUUCAUCAC